GCACGUGAAUGCAGCGUUCGUCUGCAGGCCCAGAGUUCGUUGUUAACAUUUGUGUUCAGCCAAACUGAGAGGCUGCAACAACAGAGGGGCAUGGAGAAACAACAGCAAAUGAAAGACGAUGUGAAGCUGUGCAUAGACUCACAAAAAGAUGAAUUGUACAGUCUGAGCCGGGACAUUUGGAGCCGACCCGAACUGGCCGGAGAAGAGACGCAGGCGCACGACCGGCUGGUUCGGUUCUUUUCCCAGGCCCACACAUGGACUGUAGAAAGUCAUUACAAACUACAGACAGCUUUCCGUGCCAGCUGGGGUCCGGUGGGGGGCAGAGAGGGUGAACAAGCGCUUAAUGUGGGUUUCUUGUGCGAGUACGACGCGUUGCCGGAUAUCGGGCACGCAUGUGGGCACAACCUGAUUGCAGAGGUGGGAGCUGCCGCCGCCCUGGGGCUGAAAGCUGCUCUGCAAAACCAGACUGAGCUCCCUGUGCCGGUCAAGGUAACCAGAAACUGGCAAGUUUUGACCAGUGAACAACAAGAAGUAGCAAAAUCUCCACUUAUUUGAAUGAAAAUUAAACUGUACGGCCAUCUGAUGACUCAAAAUGUCUAAACAAAGGGAAAAACUCCCUUUUUAUUGAAGAUUUCCCAUUUCCCAAGAUUUUUUUUCACCUCCAAAACAAAACUUUGGUGGUGCAUGACAAAUCAGUUAAAAAAAGAAAUCAGUUUACUUGUUUUCACCCACACCAAUCCUGCUAACAUGAAUACAGUAAUCACCCUUCAGAGGAAUUCACAAUUUGAUUAUUGAAUGUCAGACUGUAAAGAAAUGUGCUGAAGUCCAUUAUUUUUGUAGUUCAAAUGUCAUUUUCAUGAAAUAAAUCAAAGGAAAUAUGGAUUUUUUUUUUUGCCAUAAACAAUCACAAACAAAGACAGUUAUAGGGGAGAGUGGGGUAAGAUGAGCCAUUUUUCAUAUUUUAGAUCACUACAUCAAGGCAAUCAUAUUUUUUUUUCUAACGAGUGUAUCUGCAUAUAUUUCAAGAUGUUGUGCAUUCCCGCAAACCAACAGAAUGAGUGUAAACGUAACUGCCUUGAUAAUAUAGCAUGCCAAAAAAGAGGUCUAGGAGUGGGUAAGUUAAGCCGUAUCCCUACUACCAACUUACCCUUUGUCUCAACUUACCCCACUGUCCCCUAUAUAUACUUUGAUAAAUCUAUUAAGAAAGUUUUCUCUUAUGGUGUUAAGUUAAAUGUUAAUACAUAAAAGAAAAUUACUCUAAUAUCUUUGAGGGCUGCUGACAGUAAGAGGCUCUCAGAAUCAUCCUGACUUGUCUCUGCAAACGGCAGGACCGCUCACAUGAGCCGAUAAUUGUGAAAUAAUAGAUUCUUAAUUUAUUAUCAGGUAACGGUCCUGGGAACUCCUGCAGAGGAGGAUAUCGGGGGAAAGAUCGACCUGAUGAAGGCAGGGGCCUUCGCUGACAUUGACCUCGUCUUCAUGGCUCACCCAGCUCAGCAGGAUGCUUCUUUCCUGCCCACCAUUGCACUUGAUGAGCAAGUUCCUGUUUACCUCACAGAAUGUAUAGAUUUACUCCUACUUAAUGUAAAUAACCUUUAACCUGCUGUGUUUAUGUUAUGCAGGGUGACAGUGAAGUACCAUGGCAAGGCGUCACAUGCUUCUGCGUACCCCUGGGAAGGAGUGAAUGCGCUGGAUGCCGCUGUGCUGGCAUACAACAACAUUUCUGUUCUAAGACAGCAGCUCAAACCAGAAUGGAGGCUUCAUGGUGAGCAGUGUGUGUUUCGAUUCAACUCUUUUGUCAACCACACACUUAUUUACCGAGGCUUGAGUGUUUUAGAGUCGACAGGUAAAGCAGAUAUUUUAUGUCUCUCAUGGAAAUCUCCACAGGCAUCAUCAAACAUGGAGGAGUGAAGCCCAACAUCAUCCCUGAUUUCUCAGAGUUACAGUUUUAUCUGCGCACCCCGCUGGUGAAGGAUCUUUGUAUCCUGAAGGAAAAAGCAGAGGCUUGCCUCAGGGCAGCUGCAGUGGCCACAGGCUGUAAAGUAAGCAACCUUGAAAAUGUUGUAUCUGAUUUGAGUCUGUUGACUGGACACACAUUGUAUCCCUAACAUGAAGAUUAAAAAACCAGCAGAGAUGUUGCAACAAGCAGUGAGGCUGGCUGUUAUAUAACGUUGCCCUUUUUAAAAUAUUCCUGUAAAUAUGCUCUUCGUGCAACAGUUACAUCAUUCACAGUUAUCUUCAGGCUACUUUCCUCCUACAUCUGCACUUGCCUUAGGGAGCUUUUGCUCACGUUACAGCAUAUGCACGUAGUCCCGCAAACAGUUAAUACUUUAUGGUGCUUUCUUUCUGUGUUCUAAUUUCACUCUCACACCCACGUAUUACUCUUUAGGUUGAGAUAACCUACCCGUGUCACGAAUACUAUAAUAUUCUUCAUAAUGCCACACUCGCAAACCUGUAUGAAAAUAAUGGAAGAAGUUUGGGGAUCGAGUUUCCAGAGACGCCGUCGAAGUUCGCUGGUUGGUGAAAAGGAUUAUUUUUAAAGUAGACAUUUCUAUCUUAUUCGACAGUGUUCACUUAUCACAAGAGUAACACCAGAACUGUGAUCUUGAGCAUCUUUUGCAUUGUUCAUUCAACUAACACACCUGUGAUCACAGUGAUUUUGUAAUUAACUGGCAGGUUCUACCGACUUUGGCAACGUAUCAUUCAUUGUUCCCGGGAUCCAUCCUUUCUUUUACAUCUGCACUGAGGCGCUAAACCACACCAAGGAAUACACAGAAGCAGCAGGUAUCGCAGCACGUGUCUGUUUGGAACAAAAUGAAAGUGCCCUACGAUCAGACAAAAGCAGCUGUUAGGUCUUUUCAGGUGACUUGUUUUUGCCUGUUCAUUUCCUUUGUACCCAAUGAUAUAUUUCCUGCUUUUCCUUCCUGUGUCAGGAAGCGAAAGGGCCCAGUUGUUCACCCUGAGGACAGCGAAAGCUCUGGCUAUGACAGCUGUAGAUGUGGUUUGCUGUCCCGAUCUGCUGAAGCAAGUGAGAGAGGACUUCAGGCUGGCCAAGCUGAAAGAGGAGAUGUGACGAGAGGCAGCAAAACAGCCUUGACAGCUCCAGAAUUCAAUGACUUUGAAUUCUUGUAAGUGUUUUAUCUGCUCAUUCAGUAACUCCCUGAGAGACAACAGUCACAAAGCAGCAAUACUGAUUAAUAUGAACUGUUUUUGAAGAUGAAAUAAAUGAAUUCUCUGAAGUAGAUUCAAUAACGGACUCUCUCUGUACCUCUGCACUCCAUCGGAUCCUGUUCAGGUUGUGAAAUGCCCAUCUAUGAAUAACAAUUUAGUAAUGGUCAUUGAAUUAAUAAACACAUUUUAAAAAACACAAAUCUAUUAAAAUUUUAAAUGUUAGCUUAACAUUUUUAUUGAGGAUUAAUGUAAUCUAAGUGACGAAUCUAAAUGAUGUGACCAGAGAGGGUUGUAGUCAUGGUAGCAUAAUUAGCUUAAACUGUGACAAAGUUGGUCAGUCGGUUUCUCAGUCUAGCAAAUAACAUUAAUAAUGUAAAUAAAUUCUGAAACAAUAAAUCGCUAUUGGAGGAUGAAAUGUCA